UGCGAGUGCUUCAUCUGGAUGGCCCACGUAUCUGCGGAGCGACUCUGGGCAGCAGGAUGAGGCGAAGUACAUGUGUGUGGGGAUCCAGCUUCUGUCUGCUCCUGGCUCUGGCGUGGGCACAGGAGAACAGACAGACCCCUCAGAGGAGCAACUACACCAGGCCUGUGUUUCACUGCGGAGGAAAUCUGGUGGCAGAGUCGGGGCUUGUGGGUAGUGAGGGGUUCCCCAGCUUCUAUAAACCUGAAAGCAAAUGUACCUGGUAUAUCACGGUACCCAAGGGCCACGUGGCCAUGCUCUCCUUCCGCAUCUUCGACCUGGAGGCCGACCCGCUCUGUCGCUACGACUACGUGGAAGUUUACAAUGGACACUCACACACAGCGCAAAAGCUGGGCCGGUUCUGCGGCACAUUCCGGCCCGGUGCCCUCAUGUCGACAAGCAAUACUAUGAUGGUGGAGAUGGUGUCAGACUCCGGCACGGGAGGCCGUGGUUUUCUGGCCUACUUCAAUGGGGGCAAGCCGCAUAUUGAUGAGCACCAGUUCUGUGGUGGCAAACUGACGAAGCCACAAGGUUCUAUCAAGACGCCCAACUGGCCAGAGAAAAAAUACCCAGCAGGCAUCAGCUGCUCCUGGCACAUCGCAGUGGAGCCCGACAUGGUGAUUAAGAUGACUUUUGACAAAUUUGACCUGGAGCAUGAUACCUACUGUCGCUUCGACUAUGUGGCAUUCUUUAACGGUGGUGAGAAUGAUGACUCGAGGCGCAUCGGGAAGUACUGCGGUGAUACUGUGCCCAAGACCAUAUUCACUGAUGGAAAUGAGCUGCUGGUCCAGUUUGUAUCUGAUCUCAGCGUGACUUCUGAUGGGUUCAUGGCCAGAUACUUCAGCGUUCCUAGAGGCUCUAAAGAAUCAACCCAGGAGAUAGACAUCAGAGCAGGAACCAGGGUGGAGGCUGAGCCGCCCAAACCAGCCAAAAAACCCGAGCAGACUGUCCAACCUACCAGUAAUACUCCAACAUCUACAACUACAAGAGCACCGGAAAACACCAGUGGCAGACCUAAAAUAUCAGGGUCCAGUUCUAAGCCAGCAAAACCAAUCAAUCCGCAAAGGAAUCAGAAUCGGAAUGUAAAUGUGAAGAAACCAAAAAAUGGCCCUGGGAACCCGGUUUGUGCUCAGCCUUGUAAGAGGAUGGGGACCAUUCAGACAAACUUCUGUUCUAGUGAAUUUGUGGUCACAGGCACAGUGACAGCCCUGUCACCAGGCCCCAGGGGCAGCAUGUUCGUUACUGUCUCCCUCAUCAAGGCCUACAAAGCUGGCCGACUCUCCAUUGCCCAGGCUGGGCAGACCAUGUCCAUCAAGUUAACCUCCACCUGCAAGAACUGUCCAGUGCUUCGUCGUGGCAUAAACUAUCUCCUGAUGGGCCAAGUUGAUGAGGAAGGGCGCGGCAUCCUCAUCCCCAGCAGCUUCACGAUUCUUUACAAGGCACCGCAGCAGAAGUUGCUGACCAACCUCCUCAAGCGGCCUUGUUGACCUCACAGCUCAGCCGACUAUUAAAUGACCAGCAAAUUCCUCCGGGGAGCCCAAGCUGCUGCAACCACAGACAGAAACCUAAAAAGUCUUUUAAACAAGAUUUAUAAAGUAUAAAAAUGGCUAGUCAUCGUUUAUUUUUGUUAACGUAGGAACUAUCUGUAGACUGUCUUGUUGGUAUCAAUAACAAAAGAAAGAGCAGUUUUCUUAUAACCCCUCCGGAUGACAUUUUGAGCUGCGGCAUGUUUUCUGUUGAAGGUUUCACAAGCAAAUGGCCCAAACUCACUGUGGCUCAUUUAUUUUUGUUUCAUUAUGAACAGAUCUGUCAGUGCUUUUUGAGGUCUUUAUUCACAUUAUUUGCUGUAAACAGAAGUGUCCCCAGUCCUUACCUGAAAACAGACACUACAUACUUUAAACAUAA